GGUCCAAACCUUUUAGAAGAAUAUACUUAUGUGGUGGUUGAUGAUUUGGUACAAUUAAAAUAACCAGUUGAUUCGCUUAAUCAAUGGUUUAGAUUGACAAUUUGAGCAAAAUAAAUUUGACAAAUACUGGUAGUUCGGAGUUAGGACAAAUGCAAUAAUGCAUCUUAAUAUCUUAUACAAGGUGAGGAGAAGAGACUGAUUCAGAACAAUGGACUGAUUCAGACAGACAAUUGAGUUUGAUUGGAGUGGAACAAAAUUCCUCUGUAUAUUCUAAAGCUUGGCUAAUGAUGCGAGGAGAUUUGCAGAAGUCGGAAUAAACUUUUCUUUUCGUCCAGGUUAUUAGUUAGUCACAAAACAAUGCAUGUGAUAUGAUUAUCAGUUAUAAGUUUGACUAAGAAACAAAAAAAAGAACAUAAAAAUCAUGGUGGCCAGAUAUUCAAUUAUAUACUGGCUUUUAAAUCAAAAUUGCCAGCUACCUUACCGAGGAAGAAAAAGUAGAAAAAUCAAGGAAACCACAAGGUAAUGAGAAAUCUGAGAAUAUGCAGGUAUAGAAUACUAAAUGAGCAUCUUGACCAUUUCUAUAAGAUGGUAUUAAACCAUUGGAUAUUAAGUAGAGCCAGCUAUACCAUAUUGCGCCAACCAUUUCUUUAGCACCAGUUGACCCUGAUGCUAGUUGGUUUAACAUAUUAAUUAUCAACCCAAGUAUCCUACAGAAACCUUUUCUACCGAGCUCUAACAUAUUUUCUUUGAAACACAACAACGGACCUAAUAGAUCUAUCAAGCAAAGAAAUGGCUGAAAGUGUAGUAACAUUUUUAGUUUUCAAGCUUAAGACGUUACUCGAAGAAGAGGUGAAACUAUUGUCAGGGAUCCAAGUACAGGUCCAGGAAGUGGUUGAUGAAUUAGAACGCAUCCAGGCAUUCUUAAGGGUUGCUGAUGCAAAGGAAGACAGUGAUCCUCAGCUGAAAGUGUGGGUUGAUCAAGUCAGAGAUGUGGCUCAUGAGAUGGAAGAUGCCCUUGAUAAAUUCAGGCAUUCCUAUUCACAUGAUCACGGUCAUGGAUUCCGAGCUUCCCUUCAUAAGCUUUCUUGUAUCAUCAAGAAAUGGAAAGCUCGCAGACAAAUUGCUGCUGAUAUUGAAGGCCUAAAAUAUAGAGUCACGAGUCUCUCAAAGGGGCAAGAGAGAUACAAAUUUGUUGAUCAAGCUGGCUCCACCUCUAGUCGUCAGGUUCAACAUCAGUUCUAUCGAGGGGAUGCCAUUUUACUAGAAGAGGCUGAGCUGGUGGCAAUCGGCGAUCGGAAAAGGAAACUUUUUGAGUUGCUUAUGAAGGAAGAAUCCACACGCCAGGUGGUUCCUAUAGUUGGGAUGGGAGGACUGGGAAAAACUACCUUGGUAAAGCAAUUGUAUGAGGAUGCUAAAGUCAAAAAGCAUUUUAAGGUACAUGCUUGGAUCACUGUCUCUCGAUCAUUCCAGAUGAAUAAGCUUCUUAGACACAUGAUCCAUCAGAUCUUCGACGUUAUCAGAAAACCAGUUCCUCAAGAUGAAGAAAUUGAAAGCAUGGACGACAACCAGCUAAGAGAGAGAAUUAAAAAAUUGCUGCAGCAUAGUAGGUACCUGAUUGUUCUGGAUGAUCUAUGGAACAGAGCAGACUGGGAUGCCAUCAAUCAUGCAAUGCCAAACAACAAUCGUGGUAGUCGAGUAAUGCUCACUACUCGCAAUGUUAAUGUAGCCUCUGCUUCUUGCUUGGGGAACCUUGAGAUGAUCUACCGUUUAGAACCCUUAUCUCCGGAGGAUUCUUGGACUCUUUUCUGUAAGAAGACAUUUCAUGGAGAGUCAUGCCUUCCAAAUUUGGAGAAAUAUUGUCGAAGCAUCUUAAGCAAAUGUGGAGGACUACCCCUUGCAAUUGUCGCAAUCAGCGCUGUUCUAGCUACAAAAGACAAGACAAAUGUAGAUGAAUGGACUGCUGUUUAUGGAAGUAUUGGGGCUGAAAUUCAGGAAAAUGACCAGCUUGACAAUAUGAAAAAAGUGCUGUAUCUCAGUUUCAGUGAUUUACCAUACCAUCUGAAGUCAUGUUUCUUGUAUCUGAGCAUCUUUCCUGAUAUCUACAAAAUUGAUCAUAUGAGAUUAAUUCGAUUAUGGUUAGCUGAAGGAUUUAUUAUGGAAACUGAAGGAAAGACACCAGAAGAAGUUGCACAAAGUUACCUUAAGGAGCUAUGGGACAGAAGUUUGAUUCAAGCAACAGAAACAGCAACUGAUGGGCGAGUUAAAUCCUAUCGCAUCCAUGAUCUUUUACGAGAAAUUAUCAUUUUAAAGUCUAGAGAGCAAAAUUUUGCAGCAAUAGUGAAAGAGCAAGGCACAAUGUGGUCUGACAAAGUUCGGCGACUAUCAAUAGUUAAUACAUUGCAGAAUGUACAAAAGAAGAGGACUCCAUCUAAACUUCGCUCUUUGCUCAUCUUUGGGGUAGAAGAUUCACUAAAUGAAUUUUCCAUACCAAAAUUGUUUCCAACAGGUCUUCAGCUGCUAACUGUAUUAGACUUGCAAGGUGCACAUCUACAGGUGUUUCCAAAAGAGGUUGUGAAGCUGGUUUUUCUCAAGUACCUUAGCCUGAGGAAUAGCAAGGUGAAACAAAUUCCAAGCUCCAUCAAGAAGCUUAGAAACCUAGAGACUCUCGACCUUAAACACUCCCAUGUUGUUGAAUUGCCUGCUGAGAUUUUGAAUCUCAAGCAACUUCGCCAUCUCCUGGUGUAUCGUUAUGAAGUUGAGUCAUAUGCACGAUUUAAUGCCAAAUAUGGAGUUAAGCUUCCUGCAGGAAUAUGUAGCUUGCAAUAUCUCCAAAAGCUUUGUUUUAUAGAGGCAAAUCAAUACAGCGGCGCUUUAAUGUCAGAGAUAGGGAGAAUGAAUCAACUAAGGAGGUUAGGCAUUUUGAAGUUGAGAAAAGAAGAUGGGGUAACCUUAUGCUCAUCCAUCCAAAAGAUGACAAAUCUUCGCUCGUUGUCUGUAUCUUCUGCAGAGAUGGACGAGUUGAUUGAUUUGAGCUACAUGUCCUGUGCUCCUGAGUUUCUUAGGCGACUGUACUUGACAGGUCGUUUAGCAAACUUACCACACUGGAUUUCUUCACUUCAAAACCUGGUCAGACUGUUUCUAAAAUGGAGUCGGCUGAAGGAAGAUCCUCUAGUACAUCUUCAGGGUUUGCCAAAUCUGGUACAUCUUGAACUGCUACAAGUUUUUGAUGGAGAAAGCUUGCAUUUUGAGGCAGGAGGGUUUCCAAGACUGAAGUUAUUAGGCAUUGAUAAGUUAGAUGAACUUCAAUCAGUAAGCAUAGAUAAGGGAGCAAUGCCUUGUCUAGAAAAGUUAAUUAUUCAGCGAUGUGAAUCAUUGAAGAAGGUCCCAUAUGGCAUUGAGCAUUUAAACAGGUUAAAGUUGCUUGAGUUUUUUGAUAUGCCAAAUGAACUAAUCAUGCUUCUACAUCCAGAUGGUGGAGGUGAUCAUUGGAAAGUCGCUCAUGUCCCGGCAGUUUACUAUUCCUAUUGGAGAAAUGAUGGGUGGGAUGUCUACUCAUUAGUCAAUGAAGGGGAGAGUUUUAAUACAGGUACUUCGGCUGUGAGGAAGCUCUUUCGUAAUAUAUUAUGGAAGGCAUAGUAUAAUUUUCUUAUUUUAAGCAACUGCAUAGAGUCCUGGAAGCAAGAUCUGAGCCUCUAAGGACUGAACUUCUACCACUGCACGUCUGCACCUAUCCGAAUUGUUUAAUUUCUUCUAUUCUUUAUGCCUUCCAAAUAAUUCUUUUGUUCAAGAUAUGGUUAAUCUUUUGAAGUUGCUAGUAGCUGAAUUUUUUACUGUAGUUUUUCUUGUUGUAACAAUUUUAGAAUAUAGAGAGCGAGUUUCUCCCUUAGUUCAGCAUUUUUCAAUGAGGACAAACAAUGCUUAGAAAAUCCAAACGUAAUGACCACCGAUGUUACCGAUCUAUAUUAGCAAAACUUCCAGUUGACAAAGCCAUAAUUACAAAACUGAGCAAAUUUCCAAUAACAUUUUGCCACUGUUACCAUUACUAAUGCUCGUUGUUCAGCAGGGAAAGUGGGACCUUGGUUUUGGCUUCUGAAUAAAUGGCUCUAGAUUUAAUGAAAAGUGCCUUUUUUUUUUUUGGUGGUUCUGUAAAAGACAUCAAGCUGCAGAAAAAAUGAUGGAACCAGAUGAAUGGGUUUGACUGUCAAUGUUGAUCUGAAAGGAAAAAAAAACUCAUUCGAAUAUUCUAAAGCUUAGCUAAAGGUGUUAUUACGUAUUGAUGAAUCAGUUAAACUUCGGUUGGUUAAAAUGGACCAGGAAGCAAUGCCUCAUCUAGAAAAGCUAAUUAUCCAACGGUGUGAGUUGUUGAAGCUAAUUAUUCAAUGUGCCAGUUGUAGUAAUCACGCCUCUAUAUCCAGAUGGAAAAGAUCAUUGGAAAGUUGUCCAUGUCCCAGAAGUCUAUUAUUCCUAUCAGAGAGGUGGCGAUUGGAAUGUCUGUUCAUUAGUCAAUGAAGGGUUUAAUUCGCGUACUUCUGCCAUGAGAAGGCUUGAACGAAAUACUGUAUGGAAGGUGUAGUUUCAGGUUCUGCUUAUAAACACAUGUAAAGAAUCCUUGCAAGCAACUUCUGAGGAUUGAACUUCUACCACUGUAUCGAUCUGAAUUAUUUAAUUUCUCCUAUCUUUUUGCCUUCCAAAUAAUCGUCGACUGUUAUUCAGGAAAAAACGCCUAAAGUUGUUUGUAGCUUACUUUU